AUGGCGACCAACAAAGAUGGGAAUGAUCCGCCAGAGCACCCAGCGAUGGAGUCACUGCGGGAGCUCGAACGACGAGCUGCAGCUCAACAGGAGGAAGAUCACGCACAGGAACGCGCCCGCCGUGGACUGCCGCCCGUAGCAGGCCCGAGAUAUCUGCUACCUGGUCAGCGGUUACGAAGCACUAACCGCAUCUCGAAGCCUAGUACCGGCAGAGUUAACGCAGCCACUGGUCGCGGUGUUUCGGCGAAGGAAAGACGUGAGAGGUUGGCUGCGGCAGCGGAUGCGGCUCUGGCUGUAGAUCCGGAGACUUCCCACAGCGCACCCUCCUCGAAUCCUUCAGCCGGCCGCACCGCCAGUGCCACUUCCAAGCCUGCAUCGAACAGCAGACGAGCUGCCCCGUCAGCGACCCAUACGUCCCAACAUGCUACAGCAGUGGCCGACGACGAUGGCGCGGGACGGGGAGGCUCGAGUUCUGCCAGAACAAUACAGAUAAAGAGCAGGAAGGCCGCCAACAACAGACAAGGCACGCUUACAGGUGCUUCAUCAACCCAAGAAUCUGAUGAUGUGAGCGGAACUGUGCAGCCCUUGUCUGAGUUGCAACACGAACAUAGCUGCAAAGCCUCAAGUCCUGCGGAAGGGAUCUUGCAAGCAGAGUUCAGCCAAAUGGCCUCCAUUUUGACGUCAUCCCUUACCCAAACAGUGUCGCAAAGUAUGGGAAGGUUCGUUGCAGACAUGGCUGCCAAGGCGGACGAACAAUCUGCGAAGAUUGCCCGAAUCGAAGCUGAGAGCCAGAGACACUUUUCCAAAGCCCGGGAUGCACAGCGGGAGACUGAGGCAAGACUCAUACAGGUUGAAAAUGAACAGCGGAAAAACGAGGCAAGGUUCUCACAGACCGAGAAUGCAUUUCAGGCCCAUUCUCAACAGCUGCAAGCCUCCCAUGAUAUGAUCCAUCAUUUACAUGUGAGAGUAAGCAGCGAGACUCGAGGUAUCAGGGCAGCAAUCACCGACCAAGCCCAAAGCAUUUCACAAUCCCCGGGCGAAUUACGGCAGGUCACCCAGAUUCACCAAGAAAACAUGAACAAACUCGGUGAAGCUCAGCAGCAGUACCAGCGGGAUGUUGCUCUGAACACCGACCGUGUAGUUAUGGUGGCAUCAAAAACCCUGCACCCUGAAGCUGAUAUCCAUCUUCUCGCGCAGCAACUAGUAGGUGUGCAAGCUCAGAUACAAGGCUUGAAUGCUCUUAGAGCGCCUAGUCAGGUGCUCUAUGUCGAAGCACCUCAACAUCAGUCAUCCUCCGACUCCGCGCCGCUUCGUGGGAUUGAGUACCCAGACACAGGUGUCGCUUGGAGUACUCAGCCGAGUUUGGCUCCGCCGUCUGGACCGACCGGACAACCUGUGAUGAUGCCCUGGUCUUCUCUGGGCGCCUCCCACGACGAUGUGGAUCUUUUGGAGCAUCCACUGGCGCCCUGUCGUCGGGAUAUUGCCAAAGAGCAAGCGGCCUGGGUCGAGAAGAGGCAGGAUCUCGUCAGAACCUAUUCAGACGGUGAAGAGGAGCUCCAAGUCAGGGUGGGCACAGUCAUUGCACCCUAUGAUGUGGGCCGGAGCCAACUUCGCGACCGACCCAAGUUCGAUUCCGUCCGUAAGACGUUGGCUGACUUUGGUCUCAAUGCCCACCGAUAUUUUGAGUUCGUGCUCAUUGAGGCUGAGAAGGAGAUUUCGAAGAUCUGGAGAGAAUGUGACGAGGCGAUCCAAUACACCUUGCGCGACGGCCGGAUUGACGACGAGCAACUGCGAGCCGAGUUUGAGGAGCAUCGCUCAAGAGCUUCGAAACUCGUCAGUGAUGGGAUUCCUCGGGAACUCGGGGUCAUACUCGAGCGUUUCAAGACGACUUACCUGGAUUUCUUCCGACAGUGGCCUAAGCCGGCAUCGAAAGACCAUCAAGCGGAGUUCUUGCAGCAAUGGCGGCCGGCGCACGACCAGCUCAUAAAGAUGCUAAGCUUGGAUGAGCCUAGAUACGCUGAGCACCACCGUCUUCCAACAACUGAUGAGGCUUUCCGCGUAGCGACCGCCAUGCAGCCACUUGCAAUCACUGCCUCGACAGAUUUGCCGUAG